UAAUACCGUACUCAGGACACAGGACCAAGACAACGACGUGACAAAUAACUAGCUGUACUAAGGAGUGUUUUACCUGCUCUGUGAAGCUGGCUUUACCUAAGUGUGGGUAGAGAGAAUGGCCCUUUGUCAAGCAGGGCUCAAAACCUCAGGAAGUUAUUUUCUUUCUCUUUAUUAUGUGUCAUCACAAAGGGUUUAUCAAAGUGCCAAACUCACUGUAAACAGACGCUCACUGAUUAGAGGGUCUUCCUCAGGCCUGCAUCAGAGCGCUGCCAGACAAAAUACAGAUAAGAAAUGCCACAUUUCCACCAAGCAAAUCUACCCUAGACUUUUAUCUCGGAACAUCUCGAGAUGCCAGCCCAGUGUUAUGACGUUGAUGUGUCCUCCUCCUGCGGAUGUGGGAAUCCGCCGUGCUGUUUCCACGUCUCAGAGAGGUUUCGGAGUUUCCUCAGAGGGUGGCAGAGAUUCCCCUCAGGCCUGUAGAGACCGGCAGAGCAGAGAAGACUACAUUAACAAACAGAGAGAAUCACCUGCUGUCCUGGAGGGAGAGCUUCUUGCUAUGGGCAUGUGGUCCCUGGGCCUGGGGGCUGUGGGAGCAGCCAUCGCUGGCAUCUUCCUGGCAAACACUGACAUUUUACUGACCAAACCAGAGCAGGCCACUCUCCAGUACCUGGAGGAUGCGGACCUCAAAAGCACAGGAGAGGAUGAGAAGUCUUUUAAAGCCAGGACUCUGUGGGAGAACACGGGUGCAGUCAUCAUGGCUGUACGGAGGCCCGGAUGAUUUUUGUGCAGAGAGGAGGCCUCUGAGCUGUCCUCUCUGAAGCCCCAGUUGGAUGAUCUUGGGGUUCCUCUCUAUGCCGUAGUGAAAGAGAACAUCGGCACAGAAAUACAGGACUUCAGACCAAACUUUGCUGGGGAAAUCUUCCUGGAUGAGAAGCAAUGUUUCUAUGGGCCACAGCAGAGGAAAAUGGGUGGCCUGGGCUUCAUCCGUCUGGGUGUUUGGCAAAACUUCAUCCGAGCCUGGAAGUCUGGUCACCAAGGCAACAUGAAUGGAGAGGGUUUUAUCUUGGGUGGGGUUUUUGUCAUCGGAUCAGGGAAACAGGGCAUUCUUCUGGAGCACCGGGAGAAGGAGUUUGGAGACAAAGUCAGCACUGAUGCUGUUUUAGAUGCAGCUCGAAAAGUUAUUGUGGAAAAAUAAAUGAUAGUUUGUUAUUUGUUAGACUGACAUAUUUGGUAAUAGAUGUGUUUUAAGAACAAGGAUUGUUAAGAGUGAGAAAUGAAUGAUUUAAGUAUUUCACAUAGAUAAAUCCAUCUUCAUAUACAGCAUGAUUCCUCAUGAGAGCAUUUUCUCCAUUCAUCUGAAGUGUUAAAUAAGAGGCGUCAUCACGCUACGUUAAGAUCCAGUAAUGCUGUGAAUGUUAUAAACUUUACCACUGUUGAAUUCUCAGUGAAGUCCAGAAUCCUGCUGAAAAUAAUAAUAUGUUCUAGAUGUAUUGCCUCUAUAUACGAUACCAGUUUUCAUUCAGGUACUUAAUAGCACUACAUUAAGAACCUUGUACGUUAUGACGUGCUGUUCCAUAUCUGCUCAGUGCCCGUUGGCUGUGCACUGCCGUACUGGUUACCUGGAUUGUGUGUGUUUCAAUGAUGGUCUUGCUCAAAACUCUGUCAGGGGAGAGCUGACUUGAAGCUUUACAUGCACAUUCCUGGUAACUAGUGUUUGUUCAGUUAGCAGCCGAAGGGGACAGAGGCAGAUCUGCCAGCAACAAUAAACAGACCUCAUGAAACACC